AUGAGUACCACAGCGAAAACAAAUACUCGUGUUUCAAGUGAUUCGGAAAGAACCGAUACUCAGCGAACUAGUUCUUCCCGAUCGCCAGCACAACUCGACGAUUCGACAAUUAUUCGUCGAACAUUAGUCGAACGUGGCCUACGACCAGCAAAUGAUGAGAAUCGACCAAGUGGACAUCUCUCAACUGCAACCGUCAUCACAACCAUUACUAAACAACAUCAAGAUGAGCAACGUGAAUUGCAAGAAUUAAACACUAAGUUUGCCGUUUAUUUGGAUCGCGUACAUUACCUUGAAAAUCGUAAUCACAAACUAUCAUCGGAAUUGAACGAUUUAAAACAAGCGUGGGGUGGCGAUGCAGCACAAUUGCAAUCCGUUUACAAUCCUCAACUGCAAGCCUUACGAGAACAGAUCGAUAAUGCCAUGCGCGACCGAGCUUUUCAAGAUCUUCAAUUGAAGCGACAUGAAUACGAACUUUGGCAAAUCCAACAACAAAUCGCAACAUUCGAUGAUUACGAGGAUAUCAAUCGAAUAAAUCAUUUAAAACAAGAAUUAGAUAAUACACAUCUUGAAUUAGAACAAUUGCGUAAUCAAUUUGAUCAACGCCUUGGUGAUUUAACUCGACAGCGAAGUAUAAUGGAUGAUUUACUUAAAGAAUUGGAAGGACUGAAAAAUGAAUUAGAUAAUCAACAGUUAGAACGUAUUGUCAUUGAAAAUGAGUUGCAAACAUUACGCGAACAUGCCGCAUUUCAAGAUGCUAUACAUCAAGCUCAAAGGAAUGAAUUAGUGUCGCUUGGUACACCCGUACUCGAUGUCUCUGGUUUCUACCGUGCUGAAUUAGCGCGAGCUAUAUCGGAUAUUCGACAGGAUUUCGAAGUUCUGUCUCAAUCUCAAGUUAACGAAUUGGAAGAAUAUUAUCGUUUCAAAACUGAACAAGUUCGUGCCGAAUUGGAAGCUGAAUCGGAACGCAAACGAUUAUUAGCAAGCGAAGGCGUGAUUGAAUCGAUGGAUAAAACCCAUCUGACGUCGUCACUACGUGAUAAUCAAGACAUGUUUUCAGCAUUACAAGCAGAAAAUCAAGAAUUACAAUCGCAAUUAGACGCCAUUUUCGAAGAUUUAGAACAUAUUCGACGAGAACGCGCACGUGAAAUCGAAGGAUACGAUCUCGAAUCAGCACAAAUACGAGCACUUAUCGACGGAAAACAAGAAGCAAUCGAUGGUCUUCUAGAAAAUAAUGUUUCAUUACGUUUCGAAUUAUCAACCUACGGACGUUUACUACACGUCGAAGAGCAACAUCUUAACCGAAUGGAACAGCAAUCACAAAAUUUAUCAUUAACGUCACCGUCAUUAUUGGCAUCCAGCGGUUCGUAUCAAAGUCAACCAACAGUUGAACGAGUUCCAAGUGAUUUAGCAACAAAGAAAAUGACUGUACAAAAAACAGCACGAGGUCCAAUCUCAUUCGAUUCAGUCGAUCUGGAACUCGAUUGUGUAAUCUUAGUCAAUGAAAAGUACAGUGGUGACAAACAAUCAUUUGAAAAAUGGAUUAUUCGCCGGCAAGUUGAUCAACAACCAGAAGUUGUCUAUCAAUUUCCAUCAACAUUCUCUUUACGACCGAGACAAACAAUACGCAUUUUAACGAAAAGUAGUCCGAAUACCGCAAGAUCAAUCAGCGAUACGCUUGUGGCUGAUAAGAUCGAAACAUGGGGUAUCGGAAAAAAGAUGGUAACGCGUUUAAUUGAUAAUAACAAUGAAGAAAAAGCUAUUAUCACACAAAUAUUUCAGUAG